AUGCUCGAGGACAUCCCAUUUGAAAUUUCACAGCAUCUCAUUUGUCUCGUUGGCAAUAUGAGGAUGGGCAUUGUGAUGCAAGAGCAACACGCCUUUGUCUGUGCAGAAUGGUGCUCCCCAGGACAAUUUGUGUGCCCCAACUCCCAGGUGUGUGUGGACCAACACCAACUUUGUGAUGGGGCACGAGACUGUCCCUAUGGGGAUGAUGAAAAGCAAUGUGUCACUGUUGCACAGAAUGAGUCAACUGCAGGUGGCUUCCCAUACAACUCAGAAGGUUACCUGAUGGUGAGGAAGCAGGGUCGCUGGGGAAAACUCUGCCUGCAGAAUUUUGACAAUGUCGUAGCCAGGUCUCAGUCUGCAUGGGAAGUUGCUGACCUUGGACGUGCUGUCUGCAAAGCAAUGACAUACAGUGAUUUUGAGAGAGUGAACAGAACAGUUGACACACCAAGCAGCAGCCGAGCUGACAGCUCACAUUACUUUGAACUCGCAUAUUCUUCAGACGCAUACAACAACUCACAGCCACGCUUCUAUCAGUGGACUACACAGCAUUAUAUCCAAGAAUACAGAACUCUUCAAGUGGCUUCUCUAGUUACAGCACAGCCUACGCAAUGCAAUCAAAAAGAAGUUGUACAUGUCAGCUGUCGAGACCUGAGGUGUGGUAUCCGACCACAAGCUAUCAACCAGUGGGCCAGUUCUCGUCAUUCCAGGAUUGUGGGAGGAGGGAACGCUGCCCCAGGCUCGUGGCCAUGGCAGGCAGCACUGUACAAGGAAGGGGAAUUCCAAUGUGGAGCUACCCUCAUUGCAGACCGUUGGCUGGUCUCAGCAGGGCACUGCUUCUACCAUGCUCUUGACGACUACUGGGUAGCAAGACUGGGCGCACUACGCAGGGGUUCCAGUUUCCCUUCUCCAUAUGAACAGUUACGUCCUGUGUCGCACAUCAUACUUCACCCAGGUUAUGUGGAUGCGGGUUUCCUCAACGACAUUUCAUUACUUCGACUGAGGGAUCCUGUGCAGUUCAGUGACUUUGUCCGACCAGUGUGUCUACCUCCAGCUCCGAUCCAUGAUGGGCGACUCUGCACAGUAGUAGGGUGGGGACAGCUCUUCGAAGUUGGACGCAUCUUCCGUAAGUCACGCAGGAUCCAUGCUGCAAUGUGUUACUGGAAGUUUCAUACUUGUUCCUCUUACAUUACAUUUUUGGUACAGUUUCACUAUGCCAACCACCUGGAUUAUACGUCGCCUAAAUAA